CAUUGCACUGUAGGGUUGGGCACCAUCCACCAUUUUCUCACAGGCUCCCUCUCCAAACACUCAUAACUGAGUCCACCUCCAACCACACACCACUGCUCCCUCUCCAAGCACACACGACUGCGCCGGCGGCUGGCGCCGCCGAUCCUUGCCGGUGCAGCAAUGUCUGAAUCCGGAAGCUGCGACGAUGACACCAGCAGAGUUCGUACUCCAUCUGCCGCCCGUGCAACCAGAUCCGCAGGCGACCAGUACAGGCAAGACAAAACCCCCAAUUUCACCUCUCGUUGCUCAGUCAAGCAUGCGUUCGAGGUUAUUCAACGGUUCUCAGACUUCAAGAGGUGGUUAGUUAGUGAGAUAGGAUGGGCCGGCAUGUUAGAUGUACCAUUUCUGCAGAAGCUUAAUCUCAAAUUCAGCGCCUGGAUAAUGAGCCGUGUAGAUGUACACAACAGAUCCAUUGUAAUCACAGACAAGAAGAUACUUAAGUUCUGGCCCCAGGAUGUGUCCAAGGUUUUUGGUAUCCCACACGGCCCCCGAAAUGUUAUUGGCAGGGAUGCUACCAUCAGGCCCGACGCCAUUGAGUUCAUCAAGACCACGCUAGGCAUGAACCAGGCAGGAGCCCAUAGUCUUAAAGCUGCAGAAAAUUUCCUUACCAGGGAGAUCACAGAGGACUCUAGCAAGAUUGAGAAAGAUUGUUUUCAGAUUGCAUUUGUUAUCUUUGUCAUGGGCCACAUAUUGGCACCGUCAAGUAAAUACGAUUAUGCCACCAUUGAUUUCUGGGGAGCCCUUGCUAACACUGAGAACAUAGCCCAGUUCAACUGGGGCGAGUACAUCAUCCAGUCCCUACUUGACGCUGUGGACAAGUACAAGAGAGAUGUUAGGAACCAGGCACAAACCAUCAACCUGUUCGGGUGUCACCUUUGGCUGCAGGUAUUCCUUCUCGACAAUCUGGAUCUCGGAAUUUUCAACAAGAAACACGACGACCUACCACGGAUUAAGGUAUUCGACCAAGACUGGCUGAGGAGAACUAUCACCAUGGCAAGUGACUUAGGGAAAGGACCAAAUUCUUACACUUCAGCGCCGCUAAGGUCGGCGGAGUCAGUCUGCUACACCCGCGCCUCGGUUCGCACCACAGAAGUUGCACCUGACAGAAUAGAGACUGCAAUCGGAACAUCUACCCUGGAUAAUGUUCCCCUCGCCGUUCCAGAGCUUCGACCCCACGAGUCACUCCGCGCCGUCACGCCGAGGCCAUUAUAUGUUGCUGCAGACAGUACACCCAUCCAUCCGACACAGUCCCUUAACAUUGGACCCAUUGACUAUUCGAACUACUUGAAGCGACAGUACCCGAAAUUGAUGGCUGACCCACUCACCCUAAUGCUGAAAGAACACAACGCGAAGGCCUUCUCACAUCUGCACACCGCUAGGUCGAACAUACUCAACGACAUGUUCAAGUUCACGGACAAGUUGAUGGCACACCUAAGCCAGAGGUGUGUUUGCUGCCAGGCAAGGGGUUUCACCGACUGCCCCCUCGUACCAACUGAGGGUGAAUCCGCACCCCCAGCCGAUUCGCUGCGCACGCCAGUCAACCAAAAGUUGAGUGGAGUGAGGCUGGACCUUUCCGACGCGGAAGAUAGCACUACUAGAGGUUCCGCGGGAUCAUCAAAGCGACCUCCUAUCCCUCCUGAAUGUGUUGUCAGCACCAAGAAGAGUAAAGCCGGUUUCCUGCAACGGGACACCAUCAAGGAUCAAUGCCUGCUUAUUUACACCAAGACCGAAUCGCUCUACAACGCGGCCGACCAGGAUCCUCAACAAGCUGCUGUAUUCGGCCAGCUCAGCCAUGAUCUACCUAAAAGGCGGUCUGUGCUAAGUGGAAGUUUCGCGAAAAAUCCCUGGAGAGCUGGCCGGAUCCCUCCGCAACAACCGGGCGAUGUCGCUACUGAUCUGGAGGCUUCAAUCAAGACCACUUCUCCCGCAGAGCUGGAACGAUUCUGGUUUGUCCAUGACACACCCCGCCUUGUAUGUGUGAGUGGGAAUGAUGUCCUCCAGCAGCUGGCCGGUGAACACACACUCGAGCAUGAGUUGUCAUGUGCAUUACUCAGGAGGUACAAUCAGAUUGACUUCGAGUACAAUGACGAUUGCCCUUACCUUAACUGGAGGCACAUCCUGGAGACAGAUUUUGCGACCACAGUCCUGUCUGGAAAAGAUUACCUGCGAGCAAUCUGUGUGCAGAAUCAGUUCUUUGGGAAGCACAUCCGGCAUUCCAUUGCUUGUUCUCAAUAUUACUUUGCACCAGCUAUUCUCGAGGAUGGAUGGGUGUUAUACAUGUGGGACAUGGUCGCCAAAGUUACCCAUGUGUUAGAUCCAUUGGCCGGUGCCAGAGGUCCAUCCAGCGAAAGGAAAGAAAUGCAUGAGUGGGUAUCGUCAAGGCUGCACGAUGCCCUGUUCGAGUGUUUUGCUGAAUUCUUUGCAGGAUGGCCUACGGCGAAGGACAACUGGGGGAAAAUUUAUCCUAAGAUUGUAGACACCACCUUCACAAGGUACGAGUCCGGCCUCGCCAUUCUGCACCUUCUGAGAUACUACGACGGCGAGAAACUUUUAUCACCUAUAACCAAGAGGAACCUUCAUAAAACAAGGCUUGCUUCCCUACACGAGCUUAUGAAACUCCGUGAAAACAGAUCGCCCCUAGCUGGUGAUGCACUCUGGGCUGUGUUAGCUCCUAGCCAGUUCAGCUUCGGUGAUUUCAUGAAUGAAGUGGACACUUGAAAACCCAUGGCCCCUGUCUAUUGCUGAUGUACGCUUGUAUGCUUCAUCCUGUAAUCUCGAAUUCUAGUGCCAUCUAUCUUUUAGGACGCCUGGUUUUGGAUUUAAACCAGACCUUUCUGUAAUAAACUACAUCAACCACCACUGACUACAAAUGUCCUAUCCUGGAAUGAACUAUCUAUGCAGCAAAGUUUUUAUGUUGCAUCACA